CUCUCCGCGCCCGCCGCCCGCGCCCGGCCCCGGCGCCCCGGCCCUGCUGCCCGCGCUUCAUGGCUGCGCACGAAUGGGACUGGUUCCAGCGCGAGGAGCUCAUCGGACAGAUCAGCGACAUCCGAGUCCAGAACCUGCAAGUUGAGAGGGAGAAUGUGCAGAAGCGGACUUUUACUCGAUGGAUAAAUCUCCACCUGGAGAAGUGCAACCCACCUCUAGAAGUUAAAGAUUUAUUCGUUGAUAUACAAGAUGGCAAAAUCCUAAUGGCUUUGUUAGAAGUCCUGUCUGGGCGAAAUCUGCUGCACGAAUACAAGUCCUCAUCCCAUCGUAUUUUUCGGUUGAACAACAUAGCGAAAGCGCUUAAGUUUUUGGAAGAUAGCAAUGUGAGACUGGUCAGCAUCGACGCGGCAGAAAUAGCAGACGGCAACCCCUCUUUGGUUCUUGGGCUGAUUUGGAACAUCAUCCUCUUCUUCCAGAUUAAAGAACUCACCGGCAACCUCAGCAGAAAUUCUCCAUCUUCCAGCCUGUCACCCGGCUCGGGGGGCACAGACUCAGACUCCUCCUUCCCACCCACGCCCACUGCAGAGAGGAGUGCGGUGAUAUCGGUGAAAGACCAGAGGAGGGCCAUCAGGACACUGUUGACAUGGGUGCAGAGGAAAACAAGGAAGUAUGGCGUGGCGGUGCAGGACUUUGCAGGCAGCUGGAGAAGCGGGCUGGCUUUCCUGGCAGUGAUCAAGGCCAUCGACCCUAGCCUGGUCGACAUGAAGCAGGCGCUAGAAGACUCCAUGCGGGAAAAUCUAGAGAAGGCUUUCAGCAUCGCUCACGACGCCCUUCACAUCCCCAGGCUCCUGGAGCCAGAAGACAUCAUGGUUGACACGCCAGAUGAGCAGUCCAUCGUGACUUACGUGGCUCAGUUUCUAGAACAUUUCCCGGAGUUGGAAGCCGAGGAUUUUGCGGAUUCCGACAAAGAAGCCCCUAUUGAAUCCACCUUCGUUCGCAUCAGAGAAACCCCUUCUGAACAAGAGAGCACCGUCUUCCUUCUGACUGAGAACGGGGAGCAUGCCUACACCGUCAACCACGGAACGAGCCACCCGCCACCCUCCAAAGUCUUCGUCUGUGACAAGCCUGAGGGCGUGAAGGAGCCCUGCGUUACCAGCCAGGAGCUGGCAGACAGCUGCUCUGAGUUCACGCACGAGAUCAUUGACCAGGUUCUCCAAGGGGUCCCCGGGAAGAUCAACAGCACCGGCGAGCUGGCUCCAGAAUCUUCCAUCUUAUCAUCCAGAAAGGACAGCCAGAGGUCCACCUCUCUGCCAAUCAAGAAAACUGUGCACUUUGAGGCUGACACCUACAAGGAGGCCUCCUGCAGUAGGGACCCUUUCUACAGUCCAGACCUUCGCUUCGAAGGAAGCCCAAGAGAGACCAAGGAGUUGUCCAAGCAGGACGGACAGGUCUGGGCGGCUGAGGUUGCCGAGGAAACACCGAAACAGGAGGCCCUGGAGAUCCUGGAAGCAGCCUCCAGUGAGGCCCCCAGUGACGUGUCUUCAGUGGACGGUAAGGUCAGUCAUCCUCCGACUUCCCAGACCUCUCCCUCCUGGAAUGGGGCGUCGGAGAGGGCAGCUGGCCCAGGGGAAGAGGGCCGUUCCCCGUCAUCCCUGGGAGAGGAUACCGUUGUGGCCGAUUCCAUGGAGAUUGAGGUUAAGCUGCUGACUGUCGAAGCUAUGGAUAAGGAAGACCCUUUCGAAGGCAUACCAUUAAAAGCCUCGAAAUUCAGCAGCAACCUCGUAGGUUUUCCCUCCACCAGCCAGGCUUUCCACGAGGUUCCUUCGCCUCAUGAGAAAAAACCUGCCGAGGAGGAGGUGUCCGAGGACCGUGCUGAGAAGUUGCGUAAAAGGAGGGGUAAAUCUGCCCACAGGAAGACAGAUUUGGAUGAGCCCCCCGUGAAGCCCAACCAGCAGGAACCUCACAAGGACCCUGGACCAGAAGACCGAGGCUCUUCUUUGGAGGCACCGGUGGAUAAAAAGCCAGAAGUGUGUGAAAAGGCCAAGCACAAGUCCCCCCGGCGCCGUCGGGGUGAGGAGGAAGGGGAAGCCGAGGGCCCACGGGGCCUUGGGGGAGAAUUGCCUUCCAGUCCAGCCAACAGCAGCCGCAGCUUGGAGACCCUCCGCAGCCCCAGCGACGAGGGCCUGGAUUUCGAGCCGUCUCCACCGCCCUCCAGGAUCUCCAUCAUCCCCCACGACCUUUUCUACUACCCGCAUUACGAGGUCCCCCUGGCUGCGGUUUUGGAGGCUUACGCAGAAGCCGUGGAGGAUUUGAGAAACGAAGAAGUGGACCUCGAAGAGCCAGAGGGGUAUCUGCCGGAUGCGGGGGCUGGGGAGGCCGAGGCCUCCCAGAGCAGCUGCAGCUUCGCCGGGCGGGGCAAGGGCCACCCCCAGGCCAGCGUCGCAGAGGAUGCCAGCCCAGCCUCGGAACCCAGCCCCCCGUCCCCACAGGAGGACCACCUGCCAAGUGAGGGCGCAGAGAGUGUCCCCGUGCAGGGCCACCAGUCCCAGGAGUUUCCAAACUCGGAAAACUUAGCAAACCCAUUAGAAGAAAAGGUAAUGGAAGAACCGAUCAGCAGUAAAAAAAAGGAAAAAAGAAAACACGUGGACCACGUAGAAAGUUCAAUAUUUAUAGCACCCGGAACUGUUCGCUCCUCAGAUGACCUGGAAGAAGACACCUGUGACCACAAAGUCCUUUCCAGGACAAGUCACAGUGACUCCAGCAUUUACGUUCGACGACAUGCUAAUAGGUCUUUGGAACCGGAUCAUUUUAGCCAUGUUCAGUUGAGGAAUGCAGCAGAUCAGGAUGGCAGAAGAAACCAAAUGUUAACCAGGAAGGCCAACAGCUCGGGCGAAGCCAGGACGCAAGAGACCCACAGCCCAGAGAGCGACUCGCUGAUGCAGUUCGUCCAGCAGCCAGACGUGAUGUACUUUAUCCUCUUCCUCUGGCUCCUGGUUUAUUGCCUGCUGGUCUUCCCCCAGCUGGACCUCAACGGACUCUGAUGCGUGCGUCUGCAUAAUAAAAAGACAGGAUCCUGGCCAGGGGUGGGCAGUCUCCUUACUUCCUUUUAUUGCCUGUUCUGGAUGGGGCGCUUGCGCAGAUGGUGGAGGACCUCCGAGGAAACUUAGACUCCCUCUCUCCACUUUCCUUUUUCAUGUUUCCUUUCUCUCCUGUGAGUCCUAAGCACACUUUUCUCUUUGGCUGUGGACUCAACACUCAGGUGUGUGGCCAGAUCCUUGGGUGGGUUUGUUUGUGUGCCUUGCCGUCAGGUAUUAAGCUUUGUUACUAAUACUCAUAACUGGGUCUUAGCUCGCCCCACGCGCUGGUUUUUAAGGUCCCAGAUGGACCUGAGUUUCUCGCCUCCUGAUGAGAAAUAGGAUGGAUGCCUCACGGAGACCCCCGCUGGGAAGAAAACUGCCCUGCUUUCCUCUGAGAGGGGAGUCUGAGUGAAGGUGCUGGGGGUCCGCGCACCUGUUGUGGUCUGGUGACUGGUCGUUUUCUUUGGGGGGAUAUCAGAGCAGCACAAAGCUGCCGGGUCCAGCAAAGGGCAUCCGUGAAUGGCAAAGUUCGAGGAAAGUGUGGGCUAGGUCGUGAGCUGCAGUGCACACUUGUUCACCCUCGUUUUCUUUUUCGUGGGGGGCAUGCAUUUUAAUUUUGCUUUUGCAUUGAUUGAACUGAGGUAAAGCUGUGAUUUUCAAACCUUUCCCACCUAUGGAAUCCUCCUUUCAAGUGGAUUCUCAGGGGCCAGUCUAGUUGAUACAUGAAAAGCAGAGCUUUGGCUGACACAGGGCAAGGCCUGGGAUCCCUCUCGCUUUGCCCGGGCAGCUCCCAGCUUCCACUCGUGCCUCCUGAGGCAUCUGUGCUGGUACCCAAGGCCCCGCAAGGCACUGUCAAAAAAAAAGCCCCCGAAAGCCCCGAGGAGGAAUGCAGAAGUGGCCUGGCUGAGAACGAGCUCUGACUGAUGUUAGAGCAGGAAGUGGUCCAGCACGUUCCUGCUCCGAGAGAGCUUUUGUGCACACCUGCCUCACAGUGUGAGUCUCAGCACGGGCAUCUUUCGUGGUCAGUUAUGAUGGGUUUCUUGAAAAGGAAAAGGGUUUCUGGAAAGCACCCUGAGAAGUAACCAGAACGGGCAGGUGGUGAGAGGACAGAGGCAUCCACCUGCCCUUCCGUCUUCCUUCUGCCCUGGGCUCCCUCCUCUUCCUGCUUCCUGUCAAGAGGCAGGCCAUGCGUCCCUGUGUAUUACUUCCUCCUCCCGUUGUCCUCCCCCUCAGAAAGCAUGUAUAUGGUGGGACUUACAAAACCACAGCCUAUUAGGUCAGGAGGGGCAGUUAGACGGCGUCUCCUCUGCUGAACCUAGAGAGGCAGAGCUGGUUGGCCAAGAUCACACAGCCAACCAGGAAUGGAGGCCACCUGAUGCCCCAUCCAGAGCUGUCCCCUCUUUUAGGGAAAUUCCACUGGGCCCAUGAAUGUCCUGAAAAAAAUAAUAAUAAAAUGAAUAGAUAAGAAUGUCCUCAUUUAAACAAAACUAAAAUUUUUAGGUCAACCACCCACCUUUGUUUUUUCUUGUGUUUUUCCCAUGAGGAAGUUUUGUUCGCUUUCAGGCUCAUUGCCUGUUCCUUCUAGAAUACCCUCGACGGCUCUAACAGCUUGUCAGCUGACACACCAGCUUUGCUGUUACUCCAGGAAUCACGCUUCUCUCUCAGCAAGGCAGGGAUUUGCUUAUUUCAAGCAGGGGGUCUCAAGUUUACAGAAUUCCAGCAUGGCCAAAAGAAUUGACGUAGCGCAUUUGAGUCGAUGACAGCCAAAGCCUGGCCUCUAACCCACUCUGGCUAUAAGCUGCUUUCUCUCCACUAACGAAUCUAAGCCUUCCCAGCUGAAAGCCGUUGGGAGUUUGGAGCGAUUCCAUCUCGAAGGCCUGGUGUCCCAUGGAAAAUGAGCUAAUCAGUGAGCUCCCUGGCAUCACCGCAAGCUGAAAGGUACAGAUAGUAAAGAUGAUGUGUGUGAUACUUUCUAACCCUGGACACCAGGCAGUCCUCACCUAAAUUACAUGCUUGGAAAGCCAGGGAAGAGCUGACCUGAACGUUAAUCAUUUCACUUUACGGGUCUAGACCUUGUUCAUAAAAGUCUCUGCAGGUUUCCCCUCUCACCCAUUACAAAGUGUGAUGUUUAAAACCAUCUACUGGCAAGAUGCCUGAAAGUCAUUUGGUUCAGGGUGGCAGCAAACUGAUUUUUUUUUAAAAGAAAAAAAAGAAUCUCACUUGAUUACAGGCGUGUGUGAAAGAAGUCAGAUAUAGAAGGUGGGUGAGAAGCCUGAAGGACAGACCACUCCAUGGCUUCCAUUUAAGAAUUUAUUUUUAAUUCUUAUCCAAGUAAUACAUGUUCAUAGUUUAAAAAGAAACAAAUACUAUAAGACUUUUAAUGAAAACUAGCAAUCCCCUAUGGGUUGCUCUCUAGAAGUAACACUUUCACCUCUUUUAGCUGUUUCUUCUAAUAUUUACCUUUGCAUUUCUACAUAACAUGCUUAUACUUCUUUUAUUUUUAAAAUUAAUCUAGAAACAUCUACUGGCUUGCUACCGUGGUAGAGAAGGAUCUUGCUCUUGCCUAUACCGUGCUUUGUUUUUCCAGUAUAGUUAGAUCUGUUGUUUGGACAUCUCUCUUCAUUGUGGGCAUAUGAGGACUGUUUACCCGUGAGCCAAGUAGCGUACUAUGGUUACUCGUCCUUUCUCGUCAAAUUUCUUCUCCCUCCUUGAUGAUGAUGAUUGAUGACGAUGAUGAUUUUGGUGUGGCGCAUUCCUUAGUAACCUUCUUAGAAAAGAACAUGGGAAGUAAAUAUUAUUGUAAAUAUUUUGAGAUUUUGCAUAACUUAAAAUAUCCUUAUUCUGCCCUUACUCAGGUGUAGCUGGAUAUAGAAUUGUGGGUGGGAAAUAAUACCCCCCAUCGUGGUUGUUGAGAUUCCUGAUGCCAUUCUGAUUCCCAGGCCUUUAGCUGCGACUUGGGUUUCUCCACCCUCCCAGGAAACAUUUAAGAUCCCUUCAUUCUUAGUGUUCUGAACUGUCCUGAUGGUGUUGUACCCUUGAUGGUGUACCUCGUGCUGGGUUCUCAUGAGAAACUUCUUAAAUUUUCUUGUAAUUGUUCACGUUCUUUCUUUCUGUACCACCUGUUGUUCCAAUGUUGGACUUCCCAGGCUAGACCUCUAAUAUUUUUUUAUCUUUUCUAUUUCUCAUCUCUUAGUUUAUUUUUUUUGAUCUGCUUUCAAAGGUAGUUGUUUAGCUUUAUCUUCUCAAUAUACCUGAUGAAUGUUUUAUUAAUUUCCAAAACGUUUUGUAGUGUCCUGUUCUUGUUUCAUGGGUGCAGAACUUAUUUCUCUGUGGAUGUUCAUGAUAAUGGGGUUUGGGGCAAGUUCUUUUCUGCUCUCUGUUUUGCCUUUAUUUCCUCUAAGUUCCCUUUCUCUUAGUCACACUGUCUGUCUUACAUUACAAGUUUUCUUCGGAUAUCUAGUGAUCCUAUCGGAUAUCUAGUGGAUCCUUCGGAUAUCUAGUGGAUCGGUUCGUGUGUAAGAAUGAUACAGCACAAAAUGGAUAGGAAGUUCUGUGUGUCAACGGGUGGAUUCCUCUGUAGGCUCACCAGGUGGGCACCUGGACUCUUCAUGGGAGGACCACACAUAUCAAUAUUUGCAGGUCUUUUCUCACUGUGUUUCUUUAGAGAUAUUUCCACUUCUCUCCUGCCUGAGAUAAAGGGACAUACGCAGAGCUGCUACUAGCCUAUGCAGGGCCCUCAUGCAGUUUCAGAAAGGGCAUUCCCUCUGAGUGGAUGGAUGACUCAGAAAUAGGUGCCCCUCUGAGCAGAAGCCACCCGUGGGCACUUGGCCAAACUGGCAGAAGCCAUCUUUUGCCUCUUUCUCCAGGGAAAGGCCUGAGGAGCAGAGUAAGGGCUAGAUUUUAACUCGCAAUUGCCCCCUUAGCCAGGCACCUUUGUGCCGUGCACGAACUGGAGGGCCGUACCCAGAGAUGCCGGCACACACCUGAGCGCCCGCACCCUGCCUCUGAGCAGGUAUCUCAUCACAGUCAGCGUGUACACUCACCGAAUCGCUCCCGCCUCGCUGUGCCUGGUGUCCCUGGGUUAGAGCCCCUCCGCUUGCCCCCGAGGAGUAGGCUGCUGGCGCCGCUGGGUGCUGGUGCCUCCCCUCUGCACAGGCAGUGCGUGGUGUUGGGAUUCCUCGGCCCUGCUCCCGUCUCCCUCAGUUCUGCCCCUGCCAUACAUGGGUCGGCAUCUCGUGCCUGCUGUCAUCUCCUCUUCAUCCCUUUGUCUUUAUGAUUCCAUCCCUUCCAUUCCUUUGUUCUUGUUUCCCUGGGGUUUCACCAGGGAAGACACCCUCUUGAAUCGCAGGUCCCACGUUUGCGCUCUCCCUGCUUGUUAGGUGGCUCGCUGCUCUGUGGGCGCGCUUGUGAACGUGCCCUGAGUCCUGCUGAGGCCUGGUCUGCGAGCACCUUCAUGUAACGCUGGGCCAAGUGAGGAGAGGCGAGAGGGCACCUGGAGCUCCCCUGGAUGCCCCAGCACAGAUAGGACUCUCCUUCCUUCCCUCCUUUCCACCUCCUACCCCGAAGAAACUAUCUUAGAGCUCCGUUCCCCGCCAGACUCCCGCUUCUCGGAGUCACGCACUUUCUAGGUUUUCUUUGCCACCGUCCCUUCACCGGGAAACAGUCCGCACCGGUGUCGGCCAGCGGGCAAACUGGCUGCUCCCUCUGUUGGAUGGCUGUUUGGAACUUUGUGAGCAAUUCCUCCUGGUCAAGCCUGGCCUCUGUAGGGAGUGGGGCUCCCACCAGGACUGGGAACCAGGGAGUGCCCCCUAGAAGCCACCCUGGGCACAGGCUGCGUCUCCCUUUCUGGGGUUCAGCUCUCUCUUCCCGUCCCCAUGCAGUGCGAUCCUGCUCUUUGUGAGGGUCGAACUCGUAGAAGGCAGAAGAUUUGGAGGCUGCCUGCCUGUGUAGUCGAUCUUCAUAAAUUAUAGGUCAUUUCAUAGCCUUAGGGAUCACGUAAGGGUCUAGUGCCUCAUUUAAGAAAUGAGAAAACUGACGAUCAGGAAGGAGAGAUGAUUAGUCACACUGCUAGUUAGUGCCCUCGGGAGGGACGUCCGGAUGCCAAGUUCUCUACAGAACUCCAGCCUCCAGCUGCUGCAGCUCAACUGCACCUCCCUCGUCACCAAGGACUCAGGACAUCACAGAGCUGAUCUCUCAAACACAGGCCCGCGUAAACAAGGAAAGAAGGUAUCUCUGAAUCUCAGAAUUCGUGGUGGCUUCUUUGUUAAGAAUUGUUCUCUUUCCGCGGUCGUGUCAUUGGCGAGCACUCCUGUGACACACUUUCAUACAAGCUCGGAUUUUCUUAACUCUCCAGUAGGCCCACUGCUGUUUGGAGCCACGACCUCUCUUUCCCUUUGGCUUGGAGACCUUCCCAGCCAUUUCUGUUUACGUCCUCCAGUCCCCGAGGUGGUCUAUGUGGGAGUUUCAGAUCAACGUGGUUCCUCAGAACCUUCCCAGUGAUAUUCUGGCCAGGAAACAAGAGCCCACGAAACCCUCCGGGUCCGCAUGUGUUAUUUCUCUUGCCCUGACAUUGCAUCAUCUCUGCUGAGGCCGCCUUUGGGGAGAGACUGAACGUCUUGGGGCUGCAGCUGCUGGCUGGAGUCCCCACUGAAUAGCAGGCUCUUCCUCCGGCCCGUCCAGCUGCUCUCGGGAUGAAGGCUUUGGCCUGGGCUGAGCAGCUGAAGCCUGAGAGCUGGCGUGAGUGAUAACUCGCUUAUUUGCUGGAAAUAGCUGUGGAGUUUGCCUGAACGGUUAGCCAGUGUCAGGGAGCCAAGAAAUGAGACGUGGGUUCUUUGCUGGAUGUCGAGUCCCGUAGAUCUUCUCGGCUCUGCCUCUUGUCAGGCACCUUGUUGAGGAGCAAUAGUCAUGCAGGGAAGUGAGCCCAAUACCCGUGAAGCGUGGACCCUGCAUGCAUUGCGCCCAGAAUCUUCCAUUCCCAUCUCACGCAGACCCGUGGCUUCAGGCUUCAGGUGAGCCCUGGUCCUCCUUGCUCUGACGUGUGACAGCACCACAGUGACCUGCAAGCCGUCAGAGUCCUCCACCCCCGUGGGUGUGACCAGCUUGGGAAGGAGCAAAGGCCUGGAGGUUCUGAGCCCCUACUUCCCUAGGGUCAGCAGAGGCCAUCAGAGUUCCGGGGCCCCCUGACCCUUCUGGAAUUGCCGGACCCCUCGGCAGCGGGAAGACCGACGUGGCUGCUUAUAAUUCAUCUGAGAACCUUGAUGAAAACCCAGCCCUGGGCUGUAGCACCAACAAGCCAGAAAAAUGUCCUCGUUUAUGGGAAGAAGACAGCCAGUAUUUUACGCUGUUGGACCACGUGGUUUUAAAUACACACAGCACUCAGUAAUCUACCGCCCUGAUCCCACUGCUAACUUCAAGAUUCCCUGACACUUAGAGGUCAAGGCCAGCUUUCAUCUAGCAGGAAUCUCUUUAACUGAAACUCCCCCCGCCCCCCCCCCUUUUUUUAAUCACUCCCUUCUCCCUUCUCCAGGAGGAUUUAUGGAAUAGGGGAAGAGGGCAGGUUCAGGAAUCAGCCGGAUCUAGGUUCAAGUCCCCGCUGGGUCUCCAGAUAUAUCUGGAUGACUGGGCAAAUUACCUCUCUGAGCAUCUUCUGUGCAGAAUCGACACUCAGUACAUAUUUGCUGAGUGAAUAAUAGCUCCCUUGUGAGCUUGUUACAGUGUCGUAAAAUGCUCAGUAGCUCCCUGUCUGCACGUCCCUCCUCGCCAGGCUUUGACUAGACCUCCUUUCAGUUCGUUCAGUUUACCGUGGCUUCUUCCAGCCUCUCUCCAAUCCGCCUCCAUCUUGCCAGCUGCUCUCUCACACCUAGCUCAUGCCUUUUACAAGAGGAAGCCGAAGCCAGCGUGUACCCACGGACUCACUGGACCCUUAACGACAAUCACGGGAGGUGGUUCUUUCAGAGAGGAAGCUAAAACACAAGAAGGAAAGAUGACAAGGUCAUAGAGCUGGCAAGUGGCAGAACCAUGAUCAUAGGACUCUUCCUUCCAGACGUUGAUUUCCACCCUAGACUUUGCUGCUUAGAAAAUAAGUCAUGCCUUAAUGUGAUUCUGAUUGUUGGUGAAUUUGGCCUAGUUGGCAAGCGUGGGUGGAAAUCUCAGAGUUGGGCGGGUUUAGCAGUUGCGUUUCAACCCUCACCUGGCGUUCUUCCCCUUCCCAAGUUUCUGCGUACUUUGACCCCCGCCCCGUAUCAACACUGCUUAAAUAUCUCCUUCAUCCUCAUUUGGUAAAAAUGACUAAUAUUGUACAUCAACUAUACUUCAAUUAAAAAAUAAAUUAAAAAAAUUUUAAAUAACUGAGGACACCCCAAGUUCAGGUUUUAACUAAGGUUGCAAAUCGACAACCAAAAUGACUGCGUCUAAAGGCCCAUUAGCAGCAUAACCUCAGUGUCUAACAUCCAAGAUUGAAUGACUUUAAUUAAUGCCCCCAGGUAGUCACUCUUCACUUCUUCUCACGCAUGCUUUUCAGAGUAGAAGUGAGGCUUCCUCCUUCAAAAAGCAAAUCUCACUGUGCUGGGCAGAGCACAAGUUAAAUAGGGAUGAGACCAUGGAUUACUUGGAGGAAGUUACAACUGGUUGGCCUGUGAGAUAGGAAUCAUUGUUUUUCCUUUGUUUUGAAUUGAAAAGUUGUGAUUUUUGCAUUGUUGCAGAAAGGAAUAGAAAAAUGUCUCCUGAUAGGUCUCUUUUCCAUUUGCAAAAGUUCAGACUUCUUUUAGACCCACCAGAAGUCAGUAAUAGCCUAUUCUCUGUAAGACUUUCCUAUGAGGACAGACACAACAUGCCUGUAUUCCUAAAUGUCAUGCAAGGAUUGAGACACUUUUUAAAAGGAAACUCUGGGGACUUCCCUGACUGUCCAGUGGUUAAGACUCCGCCUUCCAAUGCAGGUGGUGCGGGUUCGAUCCCUGGUCGGGGAACUAAGAUCCCACAUGCUGCACAGUAUGGCCAAAAAUUUAAAAAAAAAAGGAAACAAAGUGUCUGUAACCUAGAGAGUUGACAUUAUUCCAAAGUAGGAUAGCACUGGCCUGGUCAUCAGGACCCCAGGUCCUAGCUCCGGCCCACCUGCUGUGACACCUUGAAUAAUUCAUUUACCUCUCUGGGUGGAAAGGUGGGAGACCUCUUUUUAAAAGUCUUUCUUAGGUUUAAAAAUCCAAAGGUUAGGGCUUCCCUGGUGGCACAGUGGUUGAGAGUCCGCCUGCCGAUGCAGGGGACACGGGUUCGUGCUCCGGUCCGGGAAGAUCCCACAUGCCGCGGAGCGGCUGGGCCCGUGAGCCAUGGCCGCUGAGCCUGCAUGUCCAGAGCCUGUGCUCCGCAACGGGAGGCCCGCGUACCGCAAAACAAACAAACAAAAAUCCAAAGGUUAGCAAAUUAGGUUUGUUUUUAUUGUAAUCUCAGUAAGUGGCCUGUUUGCUUAGAAUAAAUGCACCUCUGCAUUUGUAAGUGAAUUCCAAAGCUUAGAGCAUGGCUUCCGGAUUUAGUAUCUGAGAAAGGUGCCUUUGGAAAGUGUUUGGUCUGUUGAAAGUGUGGGGUGAAAGUUGGGAGUAGAACGUGGGAGAGCUGCUUCCUAGGACUCCCAGAACCAAUCUGGUCUCCUUAAAUUAAGUCAGCAUCCGAGGCAAUUUUCUUGGAUACUUUGAAGUUCACAAGUUCAGGUGCAGGCAUAUAUAGAUGUAAACGACUGGACCUUUCUAUCCUUCCCAUCUUUUUCCCCGUCCCCUGGUAGACUCGAAAUAGAUAGGCACAGAAAUUCCACUCGAAUCAGAGGCUGCUUGCAUUCUAGCACUGGAUCCCUGAAGCCAAAGACGGGCAUGUUUGUACAGAAUGUCCCUGGGGCGGGAGUGGAACUGGGGGAAGGGGUGCUAUGAAGCAGAGACCCUGUCUCCUUGAAAUUGCACCCUGAGUUAGCUACCUGCAUCACUUGCGUUGGUGUUGGUAACAUCAGCCAAAGACAAAGAGUAAAAGAGGAAGGAUGGUUGUUCCCUACCGUACAUGGUCAGGACCAAUUGUUAAACCUGGAAGCAGGAGUUUGUUCAAAGUGUAUUGUAUUGGAUGAUGAUAGCUAUUUAUUUUUUCAAGGUCUGUAAUACGUUUAACAGAUUUAAUGCUACGGUUUCUUGUAAUGUCAUGGCAGGACUUCAUUGAUAAUGUCUGAAUAUUUUUACUGAGAGCUCUAAGAGAACUAUUGAAAAAAAAGCAAGAUGUUAUUUUGUAGUACAAGAAUUAUUUUGUCCGUUUAGCACAUACAUAGCUGUAGCUUUGUAAAAAAAAAGGUAUCUUUGUAAAAAAAAUUGUAUGAACAUGCACUCUUAUUUAUUGACUAUUGUAAAUGAAGAUAUAAAUGACUAUUUGCCUAAUUUAUACUUGUGGGAAAUUAACUGGAGUAUUUGUUAUUUGAUUGUUUUCUAUUAAGGACUAUUAGGCUUGGUGCUAUGAUGAAUGGUCUUGUAAAAUUACAUGUAACCUUAAGAAAAAUUUUUAAGUAUAAAUUUCAUGAAUUGACCAGCUCAUUGAUAAUUCUUAUUUCCAUGUAUGUUCAUGCCUUUGCCAACCAGAAAUGACUCUAUCUUUCCUUUGUCCCAACAAAGAGUACUAUUGCCAGGUAAAAGUGACACCGAUUGGCUGUAGAAUUGUAGAGACUGUAGGGAAUCUACCCUUUUUAACUAUUAACUUGUCUUGAGCCUUUGCAGGUGAACCUCCAAGAAGGAACAAUAAUGGUAGUGAUGGUGGCUCUGUGGCUGUGGAGUUACGCUGCCUGCCUGAGUUUGAAUCCUGGGUCUGUCUCUUACCGACUGUGUGAUUUGUAACA